CGCAGACUGACUCUGCGCAAGACCAGACCAUACAUCAAUAUGUCUUAUGCUGUGGAAAUCAAGAAGCGCAAGUUCGACCGUAUCUUGGAGGCGCUUUCCGACAGUGCAGCAUCACCAUCUCGAACCUCACUCAAUGCCCGCAACAAUGCCUCAACCACGACGCUGACCCAAGAUUCCGCCUCCGACUCUUCCAAACGACGUCGCGUUACUCCUACUGCAAAAGCUGUUGUCCCUAGUACUUCUGUGACCUCUCUCUGCGGCCACUACCUUCCCUCCAGCCGAGCGGCGUUUCUACAGAGACUGGAAACCUUCCGACAUGUGACUCAGUGGCAUAUCCCUUCAACAGAGCCCAUCAAUGCUGCGGCAUGGGCGAAAAGAGGCUGGGUAUGUGUGGAUACCGACACUAUCUACUGCGGUGCCUGUAAAGAGAGAGUUCACGUUGAUCUAGACGCCGACUCUGAAUUGCUUAAGAACCAAGAAAACAAUGAGGAUGAAGAGGAGGAAGAGCAUGCCGACCAAGAUGACAGCGUUGUGAUGCGCUCGGAAAUCCACGAAAGCAUGGUGAAACGAUAUCAGGAGAUGAUCGUCACUGCCCAUGGUGAAAAUUGCCUUUGGCUCAAACGUGGCUGCGAUUCGUCAAUACAGCGAAUAGAAGGAUUGUUGAAUACCAGCAUGGCCAUUUCUGCACUGCGGACGCGUUACGAAAGUAUUAUUAACCGAGCAGAAGAGGUUCCCAGAGUAGCACCUCUCCCUGGCGAUGGUUUCGAGGCCACAGAAGGUUUGGAGCGAUUCCGGUUCAAUGACAACGAGAAGCCGCAGCUCGACGCUCUGAAACUGGCAGUCUGUGGGUGGGAAAGAAAAUGCGAAGAUGUCAUCGAAUGUCGUCACUGCUUUCGGUCACUUGGACUAUGGCUAUAUCGUGGUGAGACGCCUGCAAUGGAGAGACUGGACGCUGUUGAAGAUCAUCUUGAGUAUUGCCCGUGGAGAUCGACCGAGGCUCAAGAUACAGAGAUUAUUAUUGGAGGUCGCAGGGACAGUGAGGGCUCCUCACCGAGCUUACAGCGAGUGGCAGGAUGGGCUCUGGUAUUGCAGGCUAUGCUCAAAGACAACAGCAAGAGAGAAUCAAAGCAACCAGUUUCCACUUCUGCCUCGGAGACAGAACUGACCAGUACUCCGAACAAUGAGUCUCAGACGCCGGAGCAACGAGAAAAGAAAAUGAGGGAUUUAUUGCGCAGAAUCAAGGAAAUCAAGAAGCCAUUCAACGUCAAGGCGCUGCUGAAACGCAAGGACAAAGGCCAGACCUGAUGAGACCACGACAAGGAAUGAUCCAUCACUGACUUCCCUCUUCCGAUAGCCGUGGUUGUUAUAUCACGGAAUGGUUCCCGGAUGUUGGCGAUGACAUUGUGUAGGUAGUCCGGCUUCCAACCUCGGCCGGCUUAUGGUCAAAUAUCGGAAGUGUUCGGAAGAUACCGCGACCUGUGCACGUGGGAGGCUGCGAACACCGUCUGUGUGAGAUUGCACCAGACAAACUCGAGAGAUGAUCAAUCAUCGGAAGCGAGAUCGGAGCUUUCUUUUUGCAUGUGCUAGCGUUUGAGGAAAUGCAGAGGGAAGGGUUGGUUUUUCCGCAAGGCUGAAGGUGGAUCUGAACUAAGUGGACACAAGACUCGAGCCUUGUCGCAGGGUGGCCGCAGCAGACAAUGUGCUCGACCAUCUGUUAAGCUGGUCGCAGGUGGUUCCGGUCAAGGGCUUUGGGUAAGGGUGAAUCAAAGAUCCAAGACCUCAAUGUACACAGUAGGCUCAAUUAUUAUCCUUUGCAGCCUCGCCCAGAAUGCCAUCAACUGUAC